CUCACGGAUCACGGUCCUCCUCGUCCUCCUAUACACCACCCACAGUCAUGGCCGUCGCUCCUAGGAAGGGCGAGAACUGGGAGUUGCGCCAGCAGCUCAACAGCGAGUACCGCGACAGGCGAGCAGAUGCCAUCAAGCGUGUCAUUGCAAACCACACUAUUGGAAAGGACUGCAGCGGUCUCUUCCCCGAUGUCGUCAAGAACAUGCAAACAGACGACCUCGAGCAGAAGAAGCUCGUCUACCUCUACCUCAUGAACUAUGCCAAAACACAGCCAGAGCUUGUCAUCCUCGCUGUCAACACCUUUGUCAAGGAUGCCGCCGACCCAAACCCCCUCAUCCGCGCUCUCGCCAUCCGCACCAUGUCCAUGUUGCGCGCCGAGAAGAUUCUCAGCUACCUUGCGUCGCCGCUCUCCAAGUGCCUCAAGGAUGAGAACCCUUACGUGCGCAAGACGGCUGCUCUUUGCGUUGCCAAGGUGUUCGACCUCAAGCCUGAGAUGGCGAUCGAGUACGGCUUUAUUGACACCCUCCGCGACCUCAUUGGCGACGGCAACCCAAUGGUCGUUGCCAACGCCGUGGCGGCUCUCUCAGAUAUCCACGAGGCUGCUCAGAACACGCCCGCCGAGACGGCCACGGCUGACGGCGAGGAAAUCGAGCCUUCGGCCAGGCCUAGCAACCAGCUGUUCAUCAUCGACCAGGCCACGCUGACAAAGCUGCUGGUUGCUCUGAACGAGUGUUCCGAGUGGGGCCGUAUCGCCAUCCUGUCGGCUCUGGCCCGGUACCGCACAAACGACGUCGAGGAGAGCGAGCACAUUUGCGAGCGCGUCAUGCCUCAGUUCCAGCACGCGAACGCUGCUGUUGUCCUCGGUGCCGUCAAGGUCAUCAUGAUUCACAUCAAGAAUGUCCACCGCGAUGACUUGCUCAAGUCGCUCACCCGCAAGAUGGCUCCCCCGCUGGUGACUCUCAUCUCGUCUGCCCCCGAGGUUCAGUGGGUCGCUCUCCGCAACAUCAAUCUGCUGUUGCAAAAGCGGCCCGACGUCCUCGCCAACGAAAUGCGCGUCUUCUUCUGCAAGUACAACGACCCUCCUUACGUCAAGGUCGAGAAGCUUGACAUCAUGGUUCGCUUGACUACGCCGCGAAACGUCGACAUUCUGCUCGGUGAACUCAAGGAGUACGCUUCCGAGGUCGACGUCGACUUUGUCAGGAAGGCUGUUCGUGCCAUUGGACAGGCCGCUAUCAAGAUCGAGUCCGCCGCGGAGCGCUGCGUCGGUGUCUUGAUGGAGCUUAUCGAGACGCGCGUCAGCUACGUUGUUCAGGAGGCGGUGAUUGUUAUCAAGGAUAUCUUCAGGAAGUACCCCCACAGCUACGAAGGCAUUAUCCCCGCUCUUUGCGCCAACCUGGAAGAGUUGGACGAGCCAGAGGCUCGCGCCAGCCUGAUCUGGAUCAUUGGCGAAUACGCGGAGAAGAUUGAUAACGCCGACGAGCUCCUGAGCACUUUCCUGGAGGCCUUCAAGGAGGAGAGCUACCCCGUUCAAUUGCAAACUCUUACUGCCAUUGUGAAGCUCUUCCUCAAGAAGCCAGAUCAGUCUCAGGGUAUUGUGCAGCGUGUUCUCCAGGCGGCCACCAAGGACAGUGACAACGCCGAUGUUCGUGACCGUGCCUACAUCUACUGGAGGCUGCUGUCAUCCGACCCAGCGGCGGCCAAGGCGGUUGUGCUCGCGGUGCGCCCUCCAAUCAGCCUGCCACAGACCACUGUCCCGCCCGCCAUCCUCGAGGAGCUGGUCGCAGAGAUCUCAUCGCUGGCAAGCGUGUACCACAAGCCUGCGGCUACGUUCAUCGGCAAGGGCCGAUUAAGCGCCGAGGAGCUGGCGAAGCGCGCUUCAGAGCCCGAGGAGGACACUGCUCGCGAGCGAGCCCUGCAGACUGUUGUUGCUGGCCAGCAGGCUGAGAAUCUCCUCGACUUUGACGCCGACGAGCCCGAGGCCGCUGGACCUGGCAGCGACCUGUCUGGUCUUGGUGCGAGCGGCAUCUCCUCGCAGACGAUCGCAUCGGUGGCCAAGUCGACCAACCCUCUGGAUGAGCUAAUGGACUUGUUCUCGACGGCAAGCAUGGCGGCGCCUACGGCAGCACCAGCACCAGCUGUGUCAGGGCUUGGUGGUUUGGCCGGUUUCAGCACGUCGCCCCCACAAACAAGUCUUUCGCCGACACCGGCGGCCCCCGCGGCGCCCGCCGCAGCAGCGCCCAAAGCUGCGACUGUCACCGCAGCGGAAGACGACCUUCUUGGUUUGUUCUAGAUAGACCUUAUGACAUGAGCAAUGCAGUUGUGGU